UUGAGACCCGACUGUUGUAUCUUGCAAUUCCUCGAGUGCAGCAGCCGAACUUGCAACUUUGAAGCGAAAGUUUUCUCCUUUCUGGAACUUCGAACAGGCAGAAGAAGUGUUACCCAUUUAAGAGUAUAUCGAGCAAAGACCACCCAGGAAGUUUCCGGACUCACGAAACAGAAUGGCUCAAAAACCCCAGCAACAGCAGCAACAGAACGUCGCUUACACUGUCGAGCAGUUGGUCGCCGUCAAUCCGUACAAUCCUGACAUUUUGCCCGAUCUCGAGAACUACGUCAACGAGCAGGUCUCAUCACAGACUUACAGUCUGAAUGCUAAUCUUUGCCUACUUCGCCUCUACCAGUUUGAGCCAGAGCGUAUGAGCACCCAGAUUGUGGCCCGCAUUUUGGUCAAGGCCCUGAUGGCAAUGCCGGCUCCUGAUUUCAGUCUCUGUCUCUUUUUAAUCCCAGAACGAGUGCAAAUGGAGGAACAAUUCAAGACACUGAUUGUUCUCUCACACUAUCUGGAGACAGGAAGAUUCCGUCAGUUCUGGGAUGAAGCAGCUAAGAGUCGCCAUAUAGUUGAAGCUGUGCCAGGUUUUGAGCAAGCAAUUCAGGCGUAUGCUAUUCAUGUCCUUUCCUUGACUUACCAAAAGCUUCCCAGAACUGUGCUUGCUGAGGCAAUCAACAUUGAAGGUCUGUCCCUGGACAAAUUCCUUGAGCAGCAGGUGGCCAACAGUGGGUGGAUUCUGGAGAAGAGUCAUGGCAAGGGCCAACUGAUUGUCUUACCUCAGAAUGAAUUUAACAAUCCUGAGCUGAAGAAAAAUGCUGCAGAUAAAGUAGUACCAUUAGAGCACAUCACCCGAAUCUUCCCCAUUCUUGGCUAAUCUUCCCCAGACUUAUUUGGUUUUUUAUAUUGCUGAGCUGUUUUGUCGGAAAAUAUGAACCUUAUUAAUUGUAACAAACAGAUUUUAUUUCGUUACUAGCAUCUUAUGAAUUUUCUUAUAUGAUCAAAAUGAUAAUUGAAUUGGAAUUAAAAAGUGCAAUAGUCA